UUAGAAGCUAACAGUAGGAUCUAAUCAGUGUCUCUUGUAACCAACCACAAAGGAGGAAGAAGGAAGCAUCUCUCUCUCUCUCUCUCUCUCUCUCUCUCUCUCUCUCUGUAUCGAUCAUGGCUGCUGCGACAUCUUCCUCUGCUUUCCUCCUUAAUCCGUUGACUUCUCGCCACCGUCCUCUCAAAUACUCCCCUGAGCUCUCUUCUCUCUCCUUAUCCUCUAGAAAGGCGGCUGCUUUCGAUGUUCUCCCGGCUCCUCUCUCCCUCAAGAGACAGAGGUGUAGUAGCGGUGUUGUGUGCAAGGCUGUGUCCGUCAAGCCCGAAGCUGGGGUUGAAGGUCUCAAUAUCGCCGAGAACGCCGCUCAGCUUAUUGGGAAAACUCCAAUGGUGUACUUGAACAAUAUAGUUAAAGGUUGUGUUGCAAGUGUUGCUGCUAAGCUUGAGAUCAUGGAGCCUUGUUGCAGUGUCAAGGAUAGGAUUGGGUAUAGUAUGAUUACAGAUGCUGAGGAAAAAGGACUUAUCACACCUGGAAAGAGUGUUCUUGUGGAAUCUACAAGUGGAAACACAGGGAUUGGACUUGCGUUUAUUGCUGCUUCAAAAGGGUAUAAGCUUAUUUUAACUAUGCCAGCGUCCAUGAGUUUGGAAAGAAGGGUUCUUUUGAGGGCGUUUGGAGCUGAGCUUGUGUUGACUGAACCUGCAAAGGGUAUGACUGGAGCUAUUCAGAAGGCUGAAGAGAUCUUGAAGAACACUCCUGACUCAUACAUGCUCCAACAGUUUGACAACCCAGCCAAUCCCAAGAUUCAUUACGAGACUACUGGUCCUGAGAUUUGGGAAGAUACAAGAGGCAAGGUGGAUAUAUUGGUUGCGGGAAUUGGAACUGGUGGAACCAUCACUGGUGUUGGCCGGUACAUUAAAGAAAGGAAACCUGAACUGAAGGUCAUUGGUGUUGAACCCACGGAAAGUGCUAUACUUUCUGGAGGAAAACCUGGACCUCACAAGAUUCAAGGGAUUGGAGCUGGAUUUAUUCCUAAGAAUUUGGAUCAGACUGUUGUAGAUGAAUACAUAGCGAUUUCGAGUGAGGAAGCUAUUGAAUUUGCAAAGCAACUAGCUCUCCAAGAAGGCUUGUUGGUUGGUAUAUCUUCUGGAGCUGCUGCUGCUGCUGCAAUCCAGGUCGCAGAGAGACCUGAAAAUGCCGGGAAACUCAUAGCUGUUGUGUUCCCGAGCUUUGGGGAACGUUACCUCUCGACCCUGCUUUUUCAGUCUAUCCGUGAUGAGUGCGAGAAUAUGCAGCCUGAGCUUUGAAUCUCUCCUCUGUAAUUUCUUGACCAACAAGGAACCUCUUCUUUCAUUUCUUUCUAGUUUCUUCUGAAAGACGUCUCAGCAGAAUCUCUCCGUUUACUGUAUAUUUUUGCAUUUUGCAAUGUGAAAUGUGCAACGCAAUUGGUGUUUUAUUAAUAAAUGCAAAAGCCAUAACUGUCC